AUGUUAACACGUACACUAAACUAAAUGUUGCAAAAUUAGUAAAGGAGUACUCCACUCCUCCAGAAAGAAGUAUUCUAAAUGGGUCAGUGCGAAAUGACGAACCAAUAAGAAUCACCUUCCUUUUUUUUUUUUCCAAUCUUAUUCUCAUUUUAUUCACUUCAUUUCCCAACCCCCUAAUUUUUAGGGUAUCUUCAAAUCCCAUUAACCCCUAUACAUUUUCAAACUUCCAAACUUCUAUCAACCCUAACAUUUCUGAGCAAUGUGGUUUUUCUACUCAAUUUUCACUUCAAUCACUCAAUUUUGAGCUCAUCUGUGUUGGGAUUUCUUUGAAAAAAGAAAUAAGAGAGACAGAUACAUAAACAGAAAAAAAUUAUGGGAACCUGUGAAGUUAUCAGUUCAUCCCUUGAAACCCAAGAUGAAAUUCAAUCGGGAAUUUCAAUUUUAUCAAAUGGGACCCACCAUGAAGAUCAUCAACCUACGGAGGUUGAAAUUCUUGCUAAACAACUUGAAAGCGUAGUUUUGCAAGCUAUUAUAAAGAUUGAAGAAGAAGAAGAAGAAGAAGAAGAUGAAGAACAGGAGGAGGAGGAGGAGGGGAAAUCCCAUAUCUACCCUUUAAGGCCUUAUGCUACUGAUUGCUCCUUUUAUAUGAAGACUGGUUCAUGCAAAUUUGGGCAAAGUUGUAGAUUUAAUCACCCCACUGAAAGGGCUUUUCAGCCUGUGCAGGACCAGGAGAAAGGAACUGAUGAAAAUUAUGGAGCUACUGUUGUUGAUACUGGGAAAAUUGAUUGCAAGUAUUUUCGAACACCCGGAGGAUGCAGGUAUGGAGAUUCUUGCAGAUAUAAUCACCCUACGCAGAUAUCUGAGAAUGAAGGUCCAGAGCUUAAUUUCCUAGGUUUACCAGUUAGGCCAUCGGAAGUGGAGUGCACCUUUUACAUGCGCACUGGUUCUUGCGGCUACGGAGCUAAUUGCAGAUUCCAUCAUCCUGAUCCUUCUGCAGCAAAAGAAUCUCAGCCUAGGAACUCCUUUCCCAAUGGUGCAUAUGUUAGGGGUGGCAACAACCUCUCUGGAAUGUAUCCUGGUGAUACAAUGCAGGCUUCUGGAAUAUCACGGGGUAUCACAGAUUUGUCAAACGGCAUAUCUUCAUUGAAUGGUUUACCCUAUUCUGGGAUAAAUUAUCAUCAAGCAAUGUCCCCAAAUGCUGGUUGGAACCAACCUAAGGCUCAGCUCAACUUAAAGACUCAUCUGCCUCAUCAAAUGGUGAAUAUCUCAAAAAAACAAGAUCCUUCAAUGCUUUAUGAACAGGUUAUGCAGUCUGAGGAGUUUCCUGUAAGACUAGGGCAACCCGAUUGUGAUUAUUUUAUGCGAACUGGAGACUGCAAAUAUAGAGCUGCUUGCAGGUAUAACCAUCCAGUAAACCGUUCCUCUAAGCUACAACUACCGCUACUUUCUACAAACAGCCCGUAUACGAAGUCUAAAAACUCUGAUUUUCUUGGAUUAACUUCCGGCAACAUACGGAGAAAUGGACCGACUUCUCUUCAGCUGCAGCAAAUGCCAAAUGGACAGUACCCUGAACGACCUGGACAGCCAGAAUGCGAAUUUUUUAUGAAAACUGGGAAUUGUAAAUUUAAAUCUGCAUGUAGAUUUCACCAUCCGAAGGACCGAAUAUCUUCACCAUCUGCUCUCAAUCAAACUGGCCUUCCUUUAAGACCUGGUAGCAAAAUCUGCCGGAACUAUGAGCUGCAAGGUACAUGCAAAUACGGUAGAAAUUGUUUGUUUGAUCAUCCCGACAACACUUCAUCGGCAGUUUCAGUUGGUUCUGCCAAUGGUGAAGAUUACCAGCCAUCGAACCCUGUAAUUGCUGCUGAUUUAGAGCCUUCCAAGUCAGAUUGGGGUGACGACUGGGUGAUGUAGUUUCAUCUAAUGAGAAUGUUUCUAGUGAUAUUGCAACAUUGCUGGCGUUAUCAUCAAGAAAAGAAUGCCGUCUCCAGUUUUUGACAAUGUUGAGCCUACUACUUAUCGAUCAAUAGAGGAAUUUGACAUCUUUUUGUGGUUGCAUAAUGCGUACCCUUUUGUUUAAGCAAACCAUUUAUCAAUACCAAUCCUAUCUAUACAAAUAACUGUUAAAACGUAAAACCCAUGUUAUUUUCCGUUGGAA